AUGACAACCCACAACGCCCACAACACCCACGCCCUCAACGCCCGAGACUUAUCCACACGGCUCGCAAACCUCCAAUCCCACCACCAAUCCGACAAUGCCCACACAGACCCCACCCCCACAUCCGGAAGCCGACGACCCCGAGCCUCCUCCCUCGACGCCCUCCCUCGCUUCACAAAGUCCCCCACUAUGUCCACAACAAGCACUUCCGUCUCCAGCGCCACGACCUGCCGCGAUAGCGUCGAAGUCCCCGUCGGCGCGUUCUCAAAGCCUUGUCUUGGGCGGAAGAGCAGGCGUGCUACGGAUGGGGAGAGGAAAGGCGAGUUCCAGUACUAUGGGCGACAUGCGAAUCAGUGGCUGUUCAAUGGUUUUAGUGUUACUGGGGCGGUCCGCAGGGGGUUUGGGAAGGUGUUUAGGAAGGAGGGCAGGAGUGGGGGAUAUAGGGAAUGA